UGGGGGUUAUGGGUACAGAACCCGGAACAAUCCUGGAGGGUGGGAUGACAAGCACCAUUUUGAGUUUGCAGAAACGGUGUGUUUAUGUUUUUUCUGGAAAAGGAAUCCACGACUCCAGGCGGUCGGAGUUCUGCCGGGAGAACACCCGCCCUCUGUCUGAAGCGUCCCCAAGUGUCCGGGGCCCGCGUCGUGGCCGGAUGCACAAUGCUGACACCCUUCCCGGGGGGCUCCAGUGUAUUCUGCCUCCUCUCGUGUUCCCGUUGCCACCCUUGGCUCUCUGACUCCUCUAGCCACCUUCCCCUCCUCCCUCUUCCCUGAGGUGCCUACUUGUGCGAUUCCAGAGCGCCCAUCUUCCCAACCCGGGCAAAACCCGGAGAGGUGGAAUCCCUCGCCCGGAGCGCCCCGGCGGCCACUGGGCAUGCUCCGUUGUCAGGCAGGUUCGGGGCUGCAGGCAGCUUGCGCGCCCGGCGGAUUCCUGCUGCGGCCGCGCGUUCUCCUCCUCCCAAGCAGGGAGCGGGCGCAUGAUGGCGGCCGCGGCGGCAGCGGCUGCGGGGAGCGCCAGCAGCGGCGGCGGCGGCGGUGGCAGCAGCAGCGACACGUCCAGUACCGGCGAGGAGGAGAGGAUGCGGCGCCUCUUUCAGACAUGCGACGGCGACGGGGACGGAUACAUCAGCAGAAAUGACUUGCUAAUGGUCUGUCGCCAGUUGAAUAUGGAAGAGUCUGUGGCUGAGAUCAUGAACCAGCUGGGAGCAGAUGAAAAUGGAAAGAUUUCCUUCCAGGAUUUCACAAGAUGCCGCAUGCAGCUCGUUCGAGAAAUUAGGAAGGAGGAAGUAGAUCUUUCUGCAAAGUCAGACAACUCCUGGACAAAGAAGCUGAGGGAUAGAAUUGCUUCCUGGCCCACGAGCAGUGACAACAGUUUGGGUGCCUUAUCAGCAGCCAGGGAGAGCUGGGAAUACGACUCUGGUGCCAGGGACCUCCAGAGCCCGGAUGUGCAGAGCCAGUCAGCCCUCCAGAAGCUGCUCGAGUAUGGCGGAAGCUCUUUGCAUCAGCAGACUGCUCUCCACAAACUGCUCACGCAGUCCCCGCACGUUGGCAACUCUGUAGGAGGAAGCUAUCUCGAGCUGGCCAACACGCUCCAUUCGGCAGCCCUGGCAUCACUAAAGGGAGAUAUAGUGGAACUUAAUAAACGUCUCCAGCAAACAGAGAGGGAACGGGACCUUCUGGAAAAGAAAUUGGCCAAGGCACAGUGCGAGCAGUCCCACCUCAUGAGAGAGCAUGAGGAUGUCCAGGAGCGAACGACGCUUCGCUAUGAGGAACGCAUCACAGAGCUCCACAGCGUCAUUGCGGAGCUCAACAAGAAGAUAGACCGUCUGCAAGGCACCACCAUCAGGGAGGAAGAUGAGUACUCAGAACUGCGAUCAGAACUCAGCCAGAGCCAACACGAGGUCAACGAGGACUCUCGAAGCAUGGACCAAGACCAGACCUCUGUCUCUAUCCCCGAAAACCAGUCUACCAUGGUCACUGCUGACAUGGACAACUGCAGUGACCUGAACUCAGAACUGCAGAGGGUGCUGACGGGGCUGGAGAAUGUCGUCUGCGGCAGAAAGAAGAGCAGCUGUAGCCUCUCCGUGGCCGAGGUAGACAGGCACAUCGAGCAGCUCACCACGGCCAGCGAGCACUGCGACCUGGCGAUUAAGACAGUUGAGGAGAUUGAGGGGGUGCUUGGCCGGGACCUGUAUCCUAACCUGGCUGAAGAGAGGUCUCGGUGGGAGAAGGAGCUGGCUGGGCUGAGGGAAGAGAAUGAGAGCCUGACCGCCAUGCUGUGCAGCAAAGAGGAAGAGCUGAACCGGACCAAGGCCACCAUGAAUGCCAUCCGGGAAGAGCGGGACCGGCUCCGGAGGAGGGUCAGAGAGCUUCAAACUCGACUACAGAGCGUGCAGGCCACAGGUCCCUCCAGCCCUGGCCGCCUCACUUCCACCAACCGCCCAAUUAACCCCAGCACUGGAGAGCUGAGCACGAGCAGCAGCAGCAAUGACAUUCCCAUUGCCAAGAUUGCUGAGAGGGUGAAGCUAUCAAAGACAAGGUCUGAAUCAUCAUCAUCUGAUCGGCCAGUCCUGGGCUCAGAAAUCAGUAGCAUAGGGGUAUCCAGCAGUGUGGCAGAACAUCUGGCCCACUCACUUCAGGACUGCUCCAACAUCCAAGAGAUUUUCCAAACACUCUACUCACACGGAUCUGCCAUCUCAGAAAGCAAGAUUAGAGAGUUUGAGGUGGAAACAGAACGGCUAAAUAGCCGGAUUGAGCACCUCAAAUCCCAAAAUGAUCUCCUGACUAUAACCCUGGAGGAAUGUAAAAGCAAUGCCGAGAGGAUGAGCAUGCUGGUGGGAAAAUACGAAUCCAACGCCACAGCGCUGAGGCUGGCCUUACAGUACAGCGAGCAGUGCAUCGAAGCCUAUGAGCUCCUCCUGGCGCUGGCGGAGAGUGAGCAGAGCCUCAUCCUGGGGCAGUUCCGAGCGGCGGGCGUGGGGUCCUCCCCUGGAGACCAGUCGGGGGAUGAAAACAUCACUCAGAUGCUCAAGCGAGCUCAUGACUGCCGGAAGACAGCUGAGAACGCUGCCAAGGCCCUGCUUAUGAAGCUGGACGGCAGCUGUGGAGGAGCCUUUGCCGUGGCCGGCUGCAGCGUGCAGCCCUGGGAGAGCCUCUCCUCCAACAGCCACACCAGCACAACCAGCUCCACAGCCAGUAGUUGCGACACUGAGUUCACUAAAGAAGACGAGCAGAGGCUGAAGGAUUAUAUCCAGCAGCUCAAGAAUGACAGGGCUGCGGUCAAGCUGACCAUGCUGGAGCUGGAAAGCAUCCACAUUGAUCCUCUUAGCUAUGACGUCAAGCCCCGGGGAGACAGCCAGAGGCUGGACCUGGAAAACGCAGUGCUGAUGCAGGAACUCAUGGCCAUGAAGGAGGAGAUGGCCGAGCUGAAGGCCCAGCUCUAUCUACUGGAGAAAGAGAAGAAGGCCCUGGAGCUGAAGCUGAGCACGCGGGAGGCCCAGGAGCAGGCCUACCUGGUGCACAUUGAGCACCUGAAGUCCGAGGUGGAGGAGCAGAAGGAGCAGCGGAUGCGGUCCCUCAGCUCCACUAGCAGCGGUGGCAAAGACAAACCCAGCAAGGAGUGUGCCGAUGCUGCCUCCCCAGCUCUGUCCCUAGCUGAACUCAGGACGACAUGCAGCGAGAGUGAGCUGGCUGCGGAGUUCACCAACGCCAUCCGUCGAGAAAAGAAGUUAAAGGCCAGAGUUCAAGAGCUGGUGAGUGCCUUGGAGAGACUCACCAAGAGCAGUGAAAUCCGACAUCAGCAAUCCGCAGAGUUCGUGAAUGAUCUAAAGCGAGCCAACAGCAACCUGGUGGCUGCCUAUGAGAAAGCAAAGAAGAAGCAUCAAAACAAACUGAAGAAGUUAGAGUCGCAGAUGAUGGCCAUGGUGGAGAGACAUGAGACCCAAGUGAGGAUGCUCAAGCAAAGAAUAGCUCUGCUGGAGGAGGAGAACUCCAGGCCACACACCAAUGAAACUUCGCUUUAAUCAGCCCUCACGCACCCAACUUCUGCCGUGGGAAGUAAACUGCAGCAGGCCACUGAGGACAGAAGGGCCCAUGUACUUGUUGGGAGGAGGAGGAAAGGGAAGGCUGGCAGGUAGGUUGGCACUUGGACAACGGAGUGCCGCAACUCAGCCCUUGGGGUGGACUGACCAUGGUGACACAGUGGACUGUAUCCAGAGGUGCCCACUCUUGCCUCCCUGGCCCACAACAGCAUGUCAACACAUGUUCUGUGCCUGCUCAGCAGAACCUUGUUUCUGCUUUCAGCAUUCACUCUCUCUUUCCUCUUCUGGUCUGGCGGCUGUGCAUCAGUGGGAUCCUAGGCAUUUGUUUCUGUAAGAUUUUCCAUUCUGUCCUCUUUUUGGUAGAUGGUGGGCUCUUCUAGGAUCUCCAGUUUCUCCUCUUUCCUCCUGCUUCAUGGGAAAACAGACGUGUGUGUGCCUCCAGCAUUUAAAAGGACUGCUGAUUUGUUUACUGCAGCAAGGCUUUGGUUUUCAAGUCCCAGGUCUCAACUUUAAGAUAGAGGCGGUCAUAAGAGGUGUUCUCUGGGAGUUACAGGUCAUGGGAAGAGGGUAGACAGGUGUUACUUACAGUCCCAGAUACACUAAAGUUACAGACCACCACCAGGACUGUGCCUGAACAAUUUUGUAUUAAGAGAAUAAAAACUUCCUUCAACCUUCAUUUUGGAGGCAGGGCCAAGGAAGGGAGCAUUCUCUUGAUUCUGGGAUUUCUCCCUCUCAGUGGAGCCUUAUUAAUAUCCAAGACUUCGAGUUGAGAAUCUUUUUGAUACCUAUAGUGGAACUAAAAUUUUAUCAGGGGUUUCUUCAAGAGCAGAGAAACAUUAGCACUUCCUGCCCCAGGGCCCUACAUAAUUGCCGUUCUGCUGAAUCAGAUCUCUUCCACAUGGGUACAUUUGUAGCUCUGGAUCUGUCUCUACCUAAGGACAAGACAUUGAGAUACUGAACAUUUUGCAAAACUGAUCACGCCUACUUAAGAGUGUGCAUAACCCCCAGUUCAAGACUUAGCUCCUGUUGUCAUGAUGGGGACAGGGUGAAGGAAUGGUUGUUAAGGCUUCUUUUCUGCCCCCAGAUACAUGGUGAUGGUUAGCAUAUGGUGCUUAAAAGGUUAAAGUUCAAGCAAAGUGCUCACAGGGCUAGGCAGGACCAAAGUACCUGAAUUCUUUCAGGAAGGUCUUCCAUCUUAAAACAACUUCAUUAUUCUUUUUCAGUUUUACCCCAUCUCUGUUCUACACUGAUACACUUGAAGGACCAUUUACUGUUUUUUUUCUGUAGCACCAGAGAAUCCAUCCGAAGUUCCCUAUGAAAAACAUGUUCCAGUGCCACAGCUGACUACAAAUUAAACUUGAUGAGGUUUCUGCA